GACCUGAAAGGUCACAGAUUAUCGGUAUCGGCCCUAAAAAAUCGAUAUCUACUAUACAUUCUGUGCAGCGUCGGCUCUGCUAUGUGGCAGGAAGUUACGUCUGAGGGAGAAUCGUCUGAGGCAUGACGGUGUUUUGGACGACGGAGUUGUGGCUGAAGGAGGACGGCAAUAGGUUCCUGCUCACUGAUUGGCUGGAGGUGAAGGAUUCUUUCUACCGCCAUGUCCAUGGAUGUAACGUUUCUGGGGACAGGGUCCGCCUAUCCAUCACCCUGCAGGGGGGCUUCUGCCAUAGUUUUUCGGACAGAAGGGGAGGGCUGGCUAUUUGACUGUGGGGAGGGCACCCAGACCCAGUUCAUGAAGAGCGCCCUCAAAGCCGGUAGAAUCACCAAGAUCUUUAUUACCCACCUCCAUGGGGAUCACAUGUUUGGCCUUCCUGGGCUCCUCUGUACGGUCAGUCUUCAGUGCGGCUCCACUCCUACGAAGCAGCACGUGGACAUCUAUGGUCCUGUGGGUCUGAGGAGCUUCAUCCGGAUGAGUCUGGAAGUGUCCCAUUCCCAGCUGGUUUUCCCAUAUACUGUCCAUGAAUUGUUGCCUUCAGAAGAUCAGUGCCCGGCAGAAGAGUUCAGAGACUUCUCCAGGUAUACUAGAGACUGCUGCUCCCUUUCAUCAGACGAGCAGAUCAUCGCUGCUGAUCCCACUGACGGGACCUACUGUCUCCUUGAAAAUGAACAGUUUACAGUCAAAGCCUUUAAACUCUAUCAUCGUAUCCCCUCAUUUGGGUUUGUGAUCGAUGAGAAGGAUCGACCAGGGAAGCUUGAUGUCAAUAAACUACGUGAACUUGGUGUUCCCCCUGGUCCAUUAUAUGGAAAGCUUAAGCUGGGUUCUGCUGUGACCCUUGAGAAUGGACAGACCAUCUCGCCCUGUGAUGUAGUAGGAGACCCGGUUCCAGGAAGGAAGGUUUGCAUUUUGGGCGACUGCUCGGGUGUCACUGCAUCGGGAGCCGCUCGUCUCUGUCAGGAUGCCGACCUUCUGGUCCAUGAAGCCACAUUAGAUGACAGUCAGAUGGACAAAGCCAAGGAGCAUGGCCACAGCACACCAAAGAUGGCCGCCGAUUUUGCUAAUUUGUGUAGCGCCAAGAGGUUGGUGCUGAAUCACUUCAGUCAGAGAUACAAGCCUCCAGGACUGAUGAGUGAAGGGGAUGAAGACGUGACCAUUCUUAAGACACAAGCAGAAAAUGUCUUGAUAGGUCACAGCGUGAUUUUAGCCGAGGACUUUUUAACCAUCAACAUUCCACUACAAAAACUGUCAUAGUCGGUGUGCUGAUAUUUAAUGUUUUUUACAGGUGGUUUUAUAUUUUAUUAAUGUGAGUGGGUGCUGUGGGGGGUCUUCAAUAAAAUGUCUAUAC